CGAGGACGUUGGACGAGGUUCUGCUCGAAGAACUGACGGUCCGAGGCGAAACUGCAGAGAAGUCCGUUGACGAUAUUCGGACGCCAGCUUCGGGGACCAGGACAGGACAGGACGAUGACGAGCACCAAGUUCCGGAACGGCGGAAAGGGCCCGUGAAAGAGAGAGAGUUUCCGAAGAAAGGAAGGAAGAGAAGAGCGGGCGGGGUCCAACGACCGGCGCGGAAGAGUGUAUAUAGUUGGACCACGCAGUGGCAGGUGUCACGAUGAUGCUGGCUUCUAGUUGUAGCUUGCAGUGGCCAUCGUCACUGGACCCCGCGAAGGUGGUCGUGAUCGGCGAACAAGCGCGAGAUAACCUGGCAUUCCCGAGAGGAAUCGUGGCGAGGCGCCUGCUGUCUGCGCUGUGGCCUUCUCUGCCUUGCUCUCGGUCUCCUGUGGCUGGCUGGGGAAUUCGACGCCAGCCGCUGACAGUCAUGGCUAGCAGUGUUGUCGAUGACGGCGGUGGCUUAUCAGCCGAUAGUGUUCCGAAGGCUCAUGCUCCUCAGAUUUCGAGGCGGCUUGCGAAUUUGAAGCCUACCGUGUUUACGAAGUUCAGCGUCUUGGCAUUGGAGCAUAAUGCCAUAAAUUUAGGUCAGGGAUUCCCCAACUUCGACGGUCCAGAGUAUAUAAAAGAAGCAGCAAUCGAAGCCAUCAAUACCGUCGGUAAGAAUCAAUAUGCUCGGGGUCACGGCAUUCCUGCUCUGAAUGCCGCGAUUGCCGAAAGGUUCAACAAAGAAACUGGACUCACGGUGGAUCCUGAAGCAGAGGUCACGGUCACUUCGGGCUGCUCGGAAGCUAUCGCGGCCACUAUGAUCGGUUUGAUAAACUCCGGGGAUGAAGUAAUUCUGUUCUCUCCCUUUUAUGAUUCCUAUGAAGCAACUUUGGCCAUGGUCGAUGCGAAGAUCAAGUCAGUCACUUUGCGACCGCCAGACUUCGCCGUUCCUGUGGAGGAGUUGAAAUCCGCGUUUUCUUCCAACACUCGGGCCAUCCUUGUCAACACACCGCACAACCCUACUGGCAAGAUUUUUUCGCGCACUGAGCUCGAGCUCAUUGCCUCUCUCUGCAAAGAGCAUGAUGCACUGGCCAUCUCGGACGAGGUGUACGACAAGCUGGUUUUUGAAGGAGAACAUAUUUCUAUCGCGUCAUUGGAGGGAAUGUUCGAGAGAACCAUCACUCUGAACUCCUUGGGAAAAACCUUCUCCUUAACUGGCUGGAAGAUCGGCUGGGCGAUUGCACCUCCUCAUCUUACAUGGGGAAUUCGUCAGGCCCACUCGUACAUAACUUUCGCUGUGGCCACACCGUUGCAGUGGGCGACCGUGGCAGCACUGAAAUCACCAGAUUCGUACUACGAGGAACUUGUUGAGGAAUACAGUGCCAGGAAAGAGAUUCUUAUAGAAGGUCUGAAGGAUGUGGGUUUCGAGGUCUACGAGCCCAAGGGAACUUACUUCGUGAUGGCGGAUCAUACUCCGUUUGGAUUCAAAGAUGACACAGAGUUUUGUGAGUACCUGGUCAAGGAAGUCGGUGUCGCAGCUAUACCUCCUAGUUGUUUUUACUCCAAUCCUGACGAUGGGAAACAUUUGGUGCGAUUUGCUUUCUGCAAGGAUGUAGAAACAAUAAAGGAGGCUAUGGGUCGGCUGAAAGCGAAGCUCAAAAGGCCCGCGUUGAUAUCUUCGUAGCCAGAUGGUAGCACUCAAUUGAUUUGUUCACUGUUAACGAUUCGUAAUAAGAUGUAAAGUCUAACAAUUCAUGCGU